AUGUUGACAUAUAGGCCAAUCAAACCCGCCCUUUCGAAGUAUGGGACCUCUCGAAAGGGACCGCAAGAUCGAGCUGCGUCAAAGAGGAAUGGCAUAAUCAAAUCAGCUUGUUGGGAGUGUCGUAAGCGAAAAUCAAAGUGCAAUGGACUCAAGCCUUCAUGUGCAAACUGUACCAAAUGGGGUGCAGAAUGCAUAUACGACUCGGAUGUUCGCGAUGCAAAAGUCAGAAAUCUCCAGAGUGUCAAUGAGAAGCUCGAAGCAGAGUUGGAGGCUACCAAGACGCUUCUGAUACAGGUAGCUUCUGGGUCGGAUCAAAUGAGAAGCAUUGUGUUGGAGCUUCUACAGAAUGCCAAGGAACCGUUCGAGAUAUUAGAAGCACUAAGCGACACCGGAGGCAUUGAUUCUGCCAUGGCAAACUCACAAGUUCCUCAUGAGACGACCGUCCCGCAUUUUUCGACAGAAGGUGUUUUACCUAAUGUAGAACCCUUCGGUAUAUCCAGCUCCGGAUCAGCAGAUAAUGGUUUCGGGUAUUCUUCCAUGGCACAAGCACCCCUUUAUCAAUCUCAUCUAGGUACAUCCAUAAACGUCCUGAUAUAUCCUACGCCACCAGCAAAAGACGGCUCGCCAAGUCUCCAACCACCACGAGUUCUCCAGUCUCAGUCUCAGGCAACGAUACCAUUCCGCAGUAAGAUAGAAGGCUCGACUGACUCAAUCCUACUGGCAAACAAUUCCAGUGCGAUAUCGUGCCAGCCAGGGAAACAAAGUCUAUUCUUCGAACCGUUGUUCAACCACGAUGACUUCUUACUCACAACACCUGAUGUACCAGGACGAAGCCCUCAUAACAGUCAACACGGGACAGUACACCAUAUCAACGAACAGCCUCCACUGAUGCAUGAAGGGCCGGUUCAUUCAAUGUCAACCGCUGUAUUGGACGUUGACAGCUACAUAUCGCCCCUGUCGAAUCUUCAAGCGAAUAGCGAAGAAGCUUUAUCCCCAUCGCUCGACGUCCAACCAAACUUUCGGAAUCACUUCAACAACCUGUCGCUCUCAAGUAGUAUCCGAGCGAACGGGUACCCUCGGAACAUUCAAGACGCGCAAAUACGCAACAUCUUUGUUCCCGAUUGGGCUGCUGCCUCGCUCAACACUAUACCAGACCCGGGACAUCUCGAUGAUGCGUUUGGGGACAUUUACAAACGAGUUACCAGCCUUCUGGAGAGUGGAGAACCAGUACAUCGAGUCGCUGGUCAUCAUCCCAACAUUGCUGCGCUAUAUGACCAGCAAGAGUUUGAUAGAUCGUGUCUUUUGUCACAGUGGGCGGCGAGAAUGGUGCAUAGCGUUAAGCGUCAAGGAUACGAUUUCACAUGUUUUGCAUCCAUGAAUGUGUUCUGGUAUAUGAUGAGAUGGAUGGUCGACCCUACGCCAGAGUCAUAUGCUGCCAUGCCGGAAUGGAUUAGACCAACGUCGAAUCAGCUGUUUACACCUCAUAUCAGCAUGGCUGAUUUUGUACUCUGGCCAGGAUUCCGUGACCUCGUUGUGCAAGUACCGCAGCUUCAAGAACGUAUGGAAUGGCUCGCAGAUAUGUCGUUGUUCAUCAAGUGUGACUGGCCUUAUCCCCUCGAACAGGCGUUGCAUAGAAAUCCUGUCUCUGGGGAUGUAGAUCUUGUGGAUCUAGCAAAGCAGCAUGUUUGGACACUAGGAUGCUGGUCUGUAGGACCUUCCUUUAGAAGAUUUUUACACGAUGCGGAUUCAUACCUCUUGGUAAGGCCGGAAGCGCAACCUAUAUAG